UCACCUUGCUGUUCUCCGUCCGCCAUUACUGGGUGCGUAAAGCUUCGAUCGGGGAGCCAUAGCGUCCGUGCUCGCUCUGGUAGAGUCCAAGCUGGGAUCCUGUCUUCUUCUCGGGUCUUCGAUGGCGUCUGGGAAGGUUGGGGGUUAGGGUUUUGAGGAGUAGCUGAAGGGGAGGGUGAAGGAGAGAGAACGAGGUGCUAGCGCUCUUGCUUGGCUUCCUUCUCUUUCUUUCUACCCUAAGAUCAAAUUUUGGAGAGGGCGGCUGCGUUUCUUCACGUCUCUCGUCCUCAGUUCCUAAAUUUGUCCGCCUAGUGUGUUUUUCCCUUUCAUUCGAUUUGUGAAUCGAGAAGGGGCGCUUGGAUUUGAGGAAGAAAGGAGAGAUCUUUGAUGAGUUUCGGAGGUUUGUUCGACGGCGGCAACGGAGGUGGCGCUCAUCUCGUUGCCGACAUGGCGUAUGGAACCUCCGCCAGGGCCAUCACCCAUCCGUCCGUUCUCUCGCCUCCGCUCCAUCUGUCCUCCAUGUUCAGCUCCCCUGGCCUCUCCCUUGCGCUGCAGACCAAUCUCACUGCUCGUGGCGAUCAGAACUCGGAACCUGUUGCCGGAGGUAUAGGCUCCGGCGAGUUGGAUUCGGCUCGCAGGAACAAGGAAGAUGAGAACGACAGCAAGUCGGGGAGCGAUAACUUGGACGGCGGAUCUGGAGACGAUUUGGAGCUAGAGAACCCUCGGAAGAAGAAACGGUACCACCGACACACCCCUAAGCAGAUCCAAGAACUGGAAGCCCUCUUCAAGGAAUGCCCUCACCCGGAUGAGAAGCAAAGGAUGGAGCUCAGCAAGCGGUUGUGCUUGGAACCCCGUCAGGUCAAGUUCUGGUUCCAGAACCGGCGAACGCAGAUGAAGACCCAAAUCGAACGGCACGAGAAUGCAAUCCUCCGGCAGGAGAACGACAAGCUUCGAGCGGAGAACUUGUCGAUCAGGGAGGCGAUGAGGAACCCGAUGUGCUGCAACUGCGGUGGUCCGGCAGUGCUCGGCGAGAUCUCCCUCGAGGAGCAACAUCUACGGGUGGAGAACGUUCGCCUCAAGGACGAGCUCGACCGGGUCUGUGCUCUCGUCGGGAAGUUCCUCGGCAAGCCUAUCUCGAACCUCUCUACCUUGCCGCCGCCGUCUCUCCCCUUCAUUCCAAACUCGUCUUUAGAGCUCGCAAACGGUCUUGCCUCCGUGCCGCCCCUGAGCACCGUUAUGUCUCCAACAAGAGCUAUCGCCGGUGGUGGAGCGGCUUUCAGCGGAGUGGAGAAAUCGCAGGAGAGGUAUGUUUUCCUGGAGCUUGCACUUGCCGCCGUCGAAGAACUGGUAAAGAUGGCAGAGAUGGAGGAGCCGCUGUGGGUGCUAUGCUCGAACACCGGGAGGGAGACGCUAAACUACGACAUGUACGAUCAGUGCUUCGCGCGGUGCCUCGGGCCGAGGCCUCCCGGUUUCGUCUCCGAGGCCUCGAGGGAGACGGGCGUCGUCGUCAUCAACAGCUCCGCCCUCGUUGAGACUCUCAUGGACGCCAGUCGAUGGGCAGAUAUGUUCCCUUCGGUGAUCGCAAGAACGACCACUGCCGACGUGAUCUCCGUCGGAGUUGGCGGGACUAAAAAUGGCGUCCUCCAGCUUAUGCACGCAGAGCUGCAAGUGCUGUCUCCCUUGGUCCCUGUUCGCGAGGUCCAGUUCCUUCGCUUCUGCAAGCAGCUCACCGAUGGCGCCUGGGCCAUCGUCGAUGUCUCGGUCGACGCGACCAAAGGCGACCAACUGAAGUGCCGCAGGCUCCCCUCUGGCUGCGUGGUGCAAGACACGCCCAAUGGCUACUCCAAGGUCACGUGGGUGGAGCAUGCCGAGUACGACGAGGUCAUGAUCCACCCGCUGUACCGCCCGCUGCUGCGUUCUGGCCUCGCUCUCGGCGCCCGCCGCUGGCUCGCCACCCUCCAGCGCCAGUGCCAGUCCCUCGCCAUUCUCAUGUCCUCCUCCAUUCCCGCCGAUGACAGCACAGCAGCGAUCAUGCCGGCGGGGAGGCGGAGCAUGCUGAAGCUGGCGCAGAGGAUGACGGAGAACUUCUGCGCGGGGGUGUGCGCGUCGUCUGCGCGCGAGUGGAGCAAGCUGGGCGGCGGGGUGAAUAUCGGCGAGGAUGUGCGGGUGAUGACGAGGCAGAGCGUGGCGGACCCCGGGGAGCCUCCGGGGGUGGUGCUGAGCGCCGCCACUGCAGUGUGGCUGCCGGUCUCGCCGCAGCGGCUAUUUGACUUCCUCCGCGACGAGCAGCAGCGGAGCCAGUGGGACAUCCUCUCCAACGGCGGGCCCAUGCAGGAGAUGGCUCACAUAGCCAAGGGGCAGAACGCCGGCAACGCUGUCUCACUUCUCCGUGCCAGCGCGGCAAACGCAAACCAGAGCAGCAUGCUGAUCCUGCAGGAGACCUGCACUGACGCGUCCAGCUCGCUGGUGGUGUAUGCGCCGGUGGACAUUCCGGCGAUGCACCUAGUCAUGAACGGAGGCGACUCAGCCUACGUCGCCCUCCUCCCUUCCGGCUUCGCCAUCCUCCCUGACGGCGGCAGCGGCAGCGGCGGCUUGAAGCCACAGGACGGCUCCCUGCUGACAGUGGCGUUCCAGAUCCUGGUGAACAGCCAGCCGACGGCCAAGCUGACGGUGGAGUCAGUGGAAACGGUCAACAACCUCAUUUCCUGCACCGUCCAGAAGAUCAAGGCGGCUCUCAACUGCGAGGCCUAGUCGACAGUGCACAUAGGCACGGCCAUGGGUUGAGUCAAGAACGAACCGCGAGCCGAAUAAUGAAGCCUUUGCUCGGUGGCGAGGGAGUCCCUGUUCCUUGGUACGGAGCAAUGGUGGUGGUUCGGGCAUUGACUCUGUCUCUUGACGCCCUUGCAAUGUCGAAUAGCCUUAGUGCAUGCCUGGCUUUUGCUUAAUUUCUGUCUCUCUAUACGCAGCGUUGAGAAGAAGACUUGCUAUUUUGCUACCUGUGUUUCCCUGUAAUAUCUGGACUUGUUUUAGUUGGCUUUCAUUCUUCUUGUUGGAUUAAAGGGUGUGGUAGAUUUAUUGUGAGGGGUUGUCUAUUGGAAGAAAAGAUUAUUCUUAAUCUCUCAUUUGAUUUACUUCAACCCUCCUAGCAACGGGUUCUUCCAUA